AUGCGAAUUGCCUCGAAAAGGAGUCAAACAAAAAAAAAACCUGAAAUUUAUUCUGAUGUUCGAACGUUGUUCGUUAGUGGAUUACCAAUGGAUGCUAAACCAAGAGAACUUUAUUUACUUUUUCGGGCUUAUGAGGGUUAUGAAGGUUCAUUGCUCAAAGUCACAAGUAAAAAUGGUAAAACCGCAUCGCCGGUAGGAUUCGUUACGUUUAACACGAGAGCAGGAGCGGAAGCAGCAAAACAAGAUUUACAGGGUGUACGCUUUGACCCCGACUUGCCGCAGACGAUCCGCCUGGAGUUUGCCAAAAGUAACACGAAAGUUAGCAAGCCCAAGCAACCUGCAGCUGCGAGCGCCACCGCCCACCCGACACUCGUGCACUCCCUCACUGGCCAUUUGUCGGCACCGUUUUUUCCAGGAGCAGCUGAACUUUGGCAUCAUCCGGCGCUGGCAUAUUCGGCAGAGCUGCCAGGUGCUGCGCUUCAACAUGCCGCCUUAGUACAUCCAGCUCUGCACCCACAGGUGCCACCAUCACUUUCGAUUCCUCAUCCGACAGCGUUGACUUCUAUACAUGCGUCGCUGCCUCAUUUUUUGCCGUCGCCCGGCCUUGCAUCACCAGUUGGUUCAUCGGCCUCGCAGCCUGCAAAUCCGCCUUGCUCUACUCUAUUUGUUGCUAAUUUGGGUCAAUUCGUUUCCGAACACGAACUCAAAGAAAUAUUUAGCAGUCACAAUAUUGUAGUAGUUUUGUUGUGUCCGCGACGACUUUCUGUGAAAUAUGGUGGCGGUGGUGAAGAUGCGAUAAGGGAAAGAGAGAAAGUUAUGACGUCACGAAAUAUUUCACAGAAAGCACUCGUCGAUUGUGUUUGUCGUAUCCUACCAGGCUUCAGUCGGCUUCGCAUGCACGCCAAGGGUCAAGGAGGGGGAUCACCGGUGGCGUUUGUCGAAUUUCAAGAUGUCAGGUGUGCGGGUCAUGCCAAGGCAGCUUUGCACGGAACUUUUCUCCUAUCCUCCGAUCGUGGAGCGAUUCGAGUCGAAUAUGCAAAAGCUAAAAUGGCCGAGCAGAGCCACAAAGGAGAAGAAAACGGACAAUCUUAA